CCGCGCAAAGAACCCAUAUUCACAAAUUUCUCUCGUCUUCCGAGGCCCAAAUUCAAACGACAAGAGAAUCCGAAGAGGUCGAAAUCCAGAAAUGGAGAGCGGAAUGAUAUCGGUGGACAAGUGGAGCUCCGGCAGCCAGGCCUACUUCUUGACCCACCUCCACGCCGACCACACCGCCGGGCUUUCAUACACGUGGAAGCGGGGUCCGCUCUUCUUCCGCAUCCUCGACAUUGGUUGCUGGCAUUCGCUUUCGUUGACCACCCCUUCUACUGGGUCCGCCACCACGGUCUUUGUCAAGGCCAUUGAUGCUCAUCAUUGCCCUGGUUCCGUUAUGUAUUUGUUUCAUGGUGAAUUUGGCUGUAUGCUUUUCACUGGGGAUUUUCGCUGGGAAACGACUGGUAAUGGAGAGGAAAGUGGAAGGGCCAUGUUACUUGAUGCUCUAAAAAACGAAACACUUGAUACCCUAUACCUGGAUAAUACUUACUGUAAUCCAAGAUACUCGUUUCCUUCUCGUGAAGGUGCUGCCAAGCAGGUUGUGGACAUCAUCACCUCUCAUCCAAAGCAUGAAGUCAUUAUUGGAAUUGAUUCAGUGGGUAAAGAAGACCUUCUGCUCUACAUAUCACGUGCACUGAACAUAAAGAUUUGGGUAUGGCCAGAACGACUGCAAAUCAUGCAUCUACUGGGAUUCCACGAACACUUCACCACCCAAACCUGUCUUACCAGAGUUCGUGCCGUCCCUCGUUAUAGUUUUAGCACUGAAACUCUUGAAGGGUUAAAUACAUUACGGCCAACAAUAGGAGUUAUGCCAUCUGGGCUCCCGUGGGCUAUAAAAGCUGUGAGGGGGAAUAGGAAUCUCUUUGGCUCUUGCCCUUCUGCAUCUUGCCUAAAGAAGGAAAACUCUAGUAAAGAUUCUACCAGUUGCUCCAAGACGCAUGAUUUAGGAGGAGAUUCAGGAAGAGCUAAAAAAUAUCAUGAAUACAUAUAUGUAGUUCCAUAUUCUGAUCACUCAUGCUUUUCUGAGAUACAAGAAUUUAUCGAGCUUCUCCGGCCAGUCAAAAUCAAAGGCAUUGUGGCUUCCUCAUCGUGUUAUAUUGACCCUUGUUAUUACUUUGACCACCUUUGUGGGACUAAGCAAGCAUUCUGGAGGAUAAAUCGGAAGCUUGAGAAUGAUGAAGAAAUAUGUGGAGUUGAAGCUGCAGAAAUAAAACCAGCUGCAGAAGUUACUUCCACUGCCACAGGAAGGAAAAGAAGGAUCGAUCAAGUUGAUGUUUUUGGUAUACGUGUAAGUAGGGUCAGCUUAUUAAGGAGGUUGGGCUGUGGGGUUAAAAUUGCUGAUAGUGAGUAUUAUUCGUAACGAAUAGGAGAUUAUGAUGGUAAAAUCUAGUUGUUUAACACCCUUUCCACUUGAAAAAUGUACAGAAGGAAGUAGAAAUGUGUGUUAGGAUAUGAUAAGUUGCAGUUAAAAUCCCACGACCUUUGUAUAACUUCACGAGUAUUUUUAGUAUAAGAACACAUAGAAUACCAUCAACUCAUAUCCAUCCGGAAAGUGAUGCGUAAGCUUUAUGACUGACUACAUAGAGUUGAUAUAGAGCAGGGCUUUGAGUUCAGAAUCCCAUAUUCUAAUCAUAUUACCUUCUUUGCUGAUGACAUUUUGCCUUUCUUAAAUAAAUUUGUUAAAUACACUGAUCAGAAGUGAAAAGAGUUCAUC